AUGGCUAGCCACGAGGACCACGGCCGUCAGGCCGCAGCCGCCGUGCUGAGCAGCCCCUACCAGCCCCAUGAUGUUCUCGACGAGACGGCCAAGACGGCUGUCGUCGGCCUGGGUGCGGGCUUCUUCCUGGCGGCGGUGCAAAACGCCCUGUCGAAACGCAACGUCGGAGCUUUCGGCGUCUUUAGCCGCGGCGCCCCCGUCAUUGGACUGAUCGCUGCGUCCCCGGCCGCGUACACCUUUGUCUCCCGUACCACGAUGAACCUCCGCGAAAAGGACGAUGCCUUUGCCGCCGCCCUUGGUGGUUUCGCCGCCGGUGCCGUUCUUGGUCUUCCCUCCAAGCGCAUGCCUGUCGUGUUCGCUCUCGGCGGCUUCGUCGGCAGCGUCCAGGGACUCUUCAAGCUGGCCGGUGGCCGCCUCGACAGCUUCAAGGCCGAGGACGACGAAUUCGCGCGCAAGGAGACGAUCCGCCGCACGACGCGUGUGCCCGUCGAGCAAACCAUUUCCGAAGUUGGCGAGGGGCGAGGCAUCAAGCCCCCUGGCUACGAGGAGCGCCGCAGAGAGCGCAUCCAGGAAAAGUAUGGCUUCGAAAUUAACCCCGUCAAGGCGACUGUCGAGGGCAGCCAAUAA